AUGAGCGAACAGACCUACACCGACACUGAGCACCGCGCUCGCGCAGAGAGCCCCGCCAGCUCCCGAUCCAGAUCCCCUCGCCCAAGAAGCCGCUCCCCCACCCGCGCCACAAACCCCACCGAAAUCGAUGAAUCCGUCAACCCCGGAAACAACCUCUUCGUCAACGGCCUUUCCAACAAGACUGAGCAGGCCGACUUGGAGGACUUGUUCGGCAAAUAUGGCAAGGUCGAGAAGGUUCAGAUCAUGUUUGAUCCUCACACUCGCGAGUCUCGUGGCUUCGCCUUCGUGACCAUGGUCCGCCCAGAGGAUGCCGACGCUGCCAUGCAGGUCUUGAACUCUUUCGAGCUCCACGGACGCGCCAUGUCCGUCAACAUGGCUCGCCGUGGCCGUGCUAGAACUCCCACCCCGGGCCAAUACCGUGGACCUCCCAAGCGCGAGAGGGGCGUGGGUGGUAUGCCCUACAACCCUUAUGAGCGCCGACCAGACAGGUUUGAUCCCCGCUACGAUCCCCGUGGACCCGACCCCAGAGAAUACAGAGGUGGCCCCGUGCGCGCUGCCGACUAUGCCCGUCCUGGACCCUACGAUAGAUGGAUGGGAGGCGCCAGACCCAGAUACGACGACCGCCCUCCUCGUGACUACAGAGCUGCCCCCUUCGAAAUGGGACGUGGAUACGACGAGAGACCUAUGUACGACCGUGGUGGCUACGACCGUCGUGCUCCCUCCCGCUACGACGAGAGAUACGACCGCUAUUAA